UAUGUUUACUCUUCCAUAGGUUGACAUAGUGUGCAAUGUUUUUGACAAGAAGGAAUACGUGCGAAUUUUGAUUGAAUGAUUCACGUUACUGUUGUGCAAUUAUGACCGUUUAAAUUUUGUGGCACCUGGCUGACAUUACGUGUUGUGGUGCAGACAGGGCCGCAAUGAUCCAAGAAUCAUAUUUUGGACAAUGCUCAUCAGUCGCUGCUUGAGUAAGACAGUACGACACAGAAGGAUUGCUUUCAUAUCGUGGUUCCUGUUGAUCAUGACAAUAGCUGGGGUGUGUGGCAUGGCUGUUAGCAAUACUGAAGCCAGCAUCCAGGCAAUGGCUGUUGAUUCGUUGGGCACUGACAGUACCCUUGACAGUUCUUCCUUGGCUGCGGAUCAGCUCAAGGCUUUAUCUGAGAAAGCUGCAGAACGAGUGAAAUUGCUCAAAACGGUUGGAAGUGCAGGCGAGCAAAGCAUUCGCGAUGGCCUCAACAGGCUUGGGAUGGGUGUUGACGCAAGUCUGAGGACCCUCCAGGAGCCAGGAAAUCCACAGGGAACCAAACGCAAGGUCAAGGUGCCAUGUCAUCAGAAGUCAAACGAAGCUCUUCGAUCUGCCCUUGGUCAAGCCUUCAACUCCCGUUAUAUGGCAUUUGUGAAGCCCAGCACUCCCGAAUCACCAGAAAUCUAUGACAAGCUUCCAUUUGAUAUAGACUCUUACAUUGGGGACCAGCCUGCAGCCAGAGACCCCAAUAGUCUCCCGUUUUCUGUUGACUCUGGCUACCGGCAAGUACUUGAUGGUCAAGUUAUGAUUCAUAGCAAACCAAAGAUUCCCUCCAACAUACACUUCGGACGUUCACGCAGAGACAUGCCUACAGCAGCCUCAUCUGCAUCAAACUCCUCCAAAAGCCCCGAGGAACUGUUGCGUGAAAAAGCUCAUCAGCGCUUGAAGGAUCUCAAGCAUACACAGGGAAACGGAGAUCUCUGGACAUGUAAAUACGAGCUUGGGUGGACAGACCUUGGACAAGACCACUACCCACGCUACCUUCGUGAAGCCAGCUGCAUACACAAAAAAUGUUGGUUUGGUCAGUUUGAGUGUCGCCCAAAAGCAUUCACUGUCAAGGUGCUGAAGCGAUGGUCAGAUUCAUGCGAAAUCACCAAUGAGCAGUAUUUGCAGUAUGUGGCUUCACAGCGUGAUGGUUCCUAUGAUCUUACAAUCGGUGAACACAACCAUGGCUCAGCAUCUCCGGUCAAUGUAGAUUAUCUCGUGCCACCUGAGCUGCAGGAAAAGUGGGUCUGGGAAGAGAUUGGCGUGAAUUUCUGUUGCGAGUGUGCUAAUACCAACUCAUGA